ACCACUUUACCAUUGCAAGUCAUCUGAAAGCUGAAAAACAAAAUGUUGAUCAUAUUCCUUUUGUUGCCAUUAACUUUGGCAUUUGACCCACAUCUACUAUCAGAUGAAUACAUAGAACGAAUCAAUACCAAACAGAGCUCGUGGAAGGCUGGACGGAACUUCCCUGAAGACACUCCAUUGGAACAUCUUUCGUCACUCUUUGGUGCGAUCCGAUCGGUUAUUCCCAAAGCUUAUCCCAUUAAGACCCACGAUCCUGACCUCAUUGCGUCACUUCCUGAAUCAUUUGACCCCAGAGAGAAAUGGACUAACUGUCCAUCUUUGAAUGAAAUCAGAGACCAAGGACCCUGUGGCAGUUGUUGGGCUUUCGGAGCAGUGGAAGCGAUGACAGACCGAUGGUGCAUUCACUUUGGAUCACAGUUUCAUUUUUCGGCACAAGACGUGACGGGAUGUGAUACAAAAGAUUCACAUGGUUGUUUUGGUGGGGACCCUUGGCAAGCUUGGGAAUUCUGGAAUACUGAUGGCAUAGUUUCAGGAGGGAAUUUUAAUUCAAAACAAGGUUGCAGACCUUACGAAAUACCUGAAUGUAUUCACGGCAAAAACUGUUCUGGAGGAAACGUUGCGUAUUGCGUAAAGGAAUGCCAAGAAGGAUAUGACACAUCAUAUGAAAAUGACAAGAAGUUUGGAACAAAACCAUAUCUAUUAGAUGGAGAGGAUAAUAUCAAAGCUGAAUUGUUUAAGUACGGUCCUCUUGAAGUAAGUUUCAUUGCUUGUCCCGAUUUAUAUCACUACAAAAGUGGUGUCUAUAAAUGUACAAUGGAUACCUCAGAAUGCAAAGGACAUGCUGUCAAGCUGCUGGGAUGGGGAAUAGAGAAUGAUACUAAAUACUGGCUACUUGCAAACUCAUGGAACACAUAUUGGGGUGAAUUGGGAGGAUUUUUCAAAUUUUUGCGCGGUGAAAAUCAUUUGGGAAUUGAGGAUGUGGUUACAGGUGGUAUGCCCAAGAAUUCUGAUGACAUUAAUAAAUAAAUGUUUUUUAUGCCUAAGUGAUCUUUCAAAUAGAUUUUGGGAUGGAGCUAUUCUUGUUUAAUACUGAAUGUAUUGCUGUAAUCAUUAAAAUGUACACGUGAAAA